AUGAGGAGAGCGCUUGACCUGCCCGAUGCAGGUUGGCUCUUUACGCCCGAUGCGCUCAAAUGCAGACUGCGCCCGCCUGCCGCUGCUGUGCCUCGACUCGAGCGCAAUCGCAAUCGACUCGCUCGCCUCGCUGAGCUCCCCCGCCUUGGGGCCCUGAAUUGCUGGAGCAACGACCGACCAACCGAGCGAGACCGCGGCAGGCGCGCGGCGGUGCGGCGGUGCAGUGGUGUAGACAAGCUCGCUGCUGCUGCUGCUGCUGCUGCUGCUGCUGCUGCUGCUGCCGCUCCACGGCGCGCGCUCCAGCCAGGUCUCGCUCGCAGCCUCGCCUCGCGCUGCCGCCCAUCUCGCCAUGCAGCGCUAUCCCCGCGUCUCGAGCUCGCUCUCGGCGCCCGUUCGCGGUCGAUCGCCCCUGGCUCUCGUGCCUUGCCUCGCCUCGCCUCGCCUCGCUCCUGGUGGCUCUCUCUCGAGAUACGACGCUUAGCUGUCCUCCCCCACUUUCUUGAACCUGCUCUCACGAUCACCAACUCUCUUACCGUCCGUUCCUCGCUCGCCGCUGCAUCUGGUCUCUCUAGCUGCUCCCAUCGCAUUCAAAGCUCCAACCUCCGUCUCAAUUCGUCUCAACUACAUCUGCGCAAUCCACAAACCGCAACAGAGCUGUUCGCAAGUGCUCCGAUCACAAGUCCGAGCUCAAGGGAGAUGGACAUGCAUGCCACCAUGUCUGCCUAUCAGGGUUCCGGUGCCAACAGCCCUGCCAUCGGCCACGGCCCCACCCAUCAGUUCUCCAACCCCAUCCCCGGAACCUCGCUCACCGCACCAGCCUCGCCAUCCGGCGCCUACACCGCCUCGGCACUCGCCUAUGCCAACGCCCAGCUCUCGCAGUAUGCCGCCACGGGCGGUGCCGCUGCCAUCCCCGCCCACCUCAAUCCGCAUGCGUUGAGCUCCGCCCUCUCCGACUACUCGAUCAGCCUGCCCAACUCGGCCGCCUCGUCGCCCGGCGCCACGCCGCGUCGUCUGCCCGGCACAGGCACCUCCACACCGGGCGGAAACUCGCGCGUCGCCGCCAGCGCCAUCACCGGCAAGCGUCUCAACUGGAGCGAGAUGAUCUGCCAGACCAUCGCAGAGAGCGAGAGCGGUCGCCUCGUCAUCCAGGAUCUCUUCGAGGGCAUGUGCGCCAAGUUCCCCGAGAUCCGCGAGUGGGCCUUUGGCAAGGACUGGGAGGCGCGCGUCAAGAACCGCAUCAAGUCGACGCUCUCCAUCAAGGGCAACCUCUUUGUCAAGGUGCCCAGGCCCAGCAGCGCUGCCGGCAAGGGCAGCUGGUGGACGCUCAGUCCCGAAGCCCAAGAGGCGUGGAAGACAGGCCGCGUGGCCAAUGUGGUGAAGAACAACGCCCACAGCCGCGCCGGCAGCGCCGGCCCGAGCUCCAUCCACGGCUCGCCCGUGCGCACCGUCAGCUCCAAGUUUGGCCCGGCCUCGCACGCGGCGAACCCACCUUACCUCAUUCAGAACUCGCAUACGCACCAGAACCACAGCCAGCGCACCUCGCCGCUUGGUCUCGGCCUCAACCAGACCGCGCAGUACCACUCUCCGCUCGCCAACAACUUUAAUUUCGGCGACUCGAUGUCCAUGAUGCCCAACAGCGCGUCGCAGCCCAGCGCCCUGCCCAGCAAUCUGGCGCUUGGCGGUGGAAACGACGAUGCCAACCUCAGCCUUGGUCAGCCACAGCAGCAGCAGCAACAACAACAACAGCAGCAGCAGCCUGUCAGCUCGCAGUCCAUGCAGGACCAGGCACAGAGCGCGCAAGCCACCAUGGCGCAGAACUUUGCCAACCUGGGUUUCAUGCAGGCCAAUGCACCGCAGCCGCUCGGCUCGGCACAGAGCGUGCCCCACCUCGGCGGUCCGCAGUCGAUGCCCUUCCCUGCGCAGGGUCAAGACCUGUCCGCCGCCAACUUGGCAGCGUUUGCCAACUUUACCAACACCGACUAUUCGGCGCUAUUUGCAGGCAUCCCCGGCUUUGACGCCAGUGCGUUUGCCAAUGCGACGAAUGGCAACAACAACAACGGCCAAGUCAAUCUGGGAAUGGGCGCGUACAACAUGGAGCAGAACAAUCACCCAUUCGGCGGCAGUCUGCCUGGCGCGUACACGCUGCUCCAGAAUCAGCAGCAACAGCAGCAGCAGCAGCAGCCUCAGCAACAGCAGCAGCAGGCUCAAGGCGGCAACAACAACAACAACAACAACAUGAUGUACCCGGGUUUCGGCGCUGGCAUGUACGCGAAUCUGCAGCAAGGCUCGCAGCCGAUGGGCGGAGGGCAGCCGCAACGGCAGGACGCCGACCAGAGCCAAGCGCAGAACAACUCGUCGCAGCAGUCUCAGCAGCAGCAGCAGCAAGGGCAGCCUGCAUCGCAGCCGCAGCAGCCCCAGCAACAACAACAACAACAACAACAACAACAACAACAACAACAACAGCAACAGCAAGGGCAGCAGGCUGGCCAGAACAACAACACCAACGGCGGCGGCGGGAUGGCCUCGGGCUUCACAGGCAACUUUGCGGGCUCGAGUCCUUUCGCGCCGAGUAACGGGCUCGAGGGGCCGUCGCCUGCGGACUCGACGUGGUUUUCGUUUACGCCGCUGGUGCAGGCGACGCCCGACGCCAACGACACCUCGUCGGCGCUCGGUCAGCUCGGCGGGGAAGGCUCGCGCAAGCGUCGCACCUCGGACACUCUGCGCGACCUGAACGACUUUCAGCUGCCACCACCCCAGUCCUCAUAG